AUGCCGCGGACGCUCGACAGCCAGAUCACGGUGGAGAAGACCCCCAGCUACUUCGUGACCAAGGAGGCGCCGCGGCGGAUCUUCAACAUGUCCCGCGACACCAAGCUCAUCGUGGUGGUGCGGAACCCGGUGACCCGGGCCAUCUCCGACUACACGCAGACGCUCUCCAAGAAGCCCGACAUCCCCACCUUCGAGGGGCUGUCCUUCCGCAACCGCAGCCUGGGGCUGGUGGACACCUCCUGGAGCGCCAUCCGCAUCGGCCUCUACGCCCUGCACCUGCAGAGCUGGCUCCAGUACUUCCCCCUCUCCCAGAUCCACUUUGUGAGCGGGGAGCGGCUCAUCACGGACCCGGCCGGGGAGAUGGCCAAGGUGCAGGACUUCCUGGGCGUGCGGCGCGUCCGGUGCCUUCGCUCCCCUUUGCAGUCCAGGGGCUCCCGCUGUGCCCGGGGCUGCUGGCGACGUCCGCAUGGAGCGACGCCCUUUGGAAGCAGCGGGAAGGGCCCCGGCAGCUUGUUCAGCGGAGCCCGGUGCUCCCCGCGCCGCUGGCCCCGCUCCCGGCCCUGA